GGCUAACCGUGGGCGGCCUCGCCCUCGGAACGCAUAUAGACGCGACCCUAUCGUUACCAGAAGCAGAGCGGCUAACCGACGAACAACCAAUAUGUCUGCCAACGUACAAAUUCCGACUCCGCAGCAAAAUGCUAAUCUACCUAAUCAACCUGCCCCACGUGCACGAGCUCCCAUGUCGCCACCAGAUCUCUAUCUAUUCGAUCCGGCACACCAUCUCGCAGGAGCAUGGCUGGCCACGCUUAGAGCACAGCAGUACGAUGGUCACGAAGCACAGAUCAACAUUCCGGCUCGAAUGGGAGGAGACGCUCAUCAUUGGUAUAGUACCUAUGUAUGGGUGGAUCUCCCGACCUUCGAACGGGAUUUCAUGAACCGAUUUGAUUAUGUUCAUCCUGAGCAGGCAUUGUACAUGAUCAAGGACCGAGUGCAAAAACCGCUCGAAUCCGUUGCGGAAUAUCGAGACCGGUUCUACAGGAUGUUCGUAAAAACUGAGCGAGGAACCCUCCGCAUGAUCUCCUGGGACAAACCCGCAGAAAGGGAGUCAUCAACUGAUGACGCGGAAAGCAGUGACGAGGACGACCCGGAGGUCUCGAAAUUGCUGGCGGACGAUCUGCCCCUGGACAUCUUGUCGCACAGUGACAAGCAGCCUGGCACCCACGUGCUGUCUCGAAUGCUCGAGCCGCACCUUGUGUGGUCAACGUGCACGGAAAUCGACGAGGACAAUUGUCUCUAUGCCUCCCAGGCGCUCUACCUGGAGAUCGACGUUACCAAUCUCACGUUUUGGGACUCGAUUGCGAGACAAAACGUGGCGCAGGAUGAGGAGAUAAGGAGAGCCGACGAAGAAGAGGAAGAAGAAGAGCUGUCGAGUGAAGAAAGGGACGAUCCGGACUACGUACCGGAUAAAGAGGCAGGGACAGUCGACGAAUCAAACCAGCCGCGGGCGGAGGACGAGGGGCCGGAACCAGAAGAAGACGAAGGAAGCGGGCUAUCAGGAUCGGAGUGCGAAGGAUUCGAGGCUGAAGUGCGCGACGCAGCGCGAAAACGAGCACGAGAGCGGAGGAAAUGGAAGCACCAGGAAACCGCGGAGGGAAAGCGACCCGCAAUAGACGUGCCCUCUGUCGAUCCGUCGAUCGGGGAACCGUGGCGUGAUCCAGAGCUGCCAGAAGAGGAAGACGAUGGAACCACAGCAGAGGGAUCACGGAGCCGAAGAAGAAGAAGAAGUGAAUCGCCAGCCCCCUCUGGCUCCCCGUCCUGAUCCUCCCUUCGUCUACAUUAAGAUCUCGGCGUUCGGGCUUCG